AGAGAACCGCUGGUAAUAAAUGAGAGAGACAGCGCCAGUUUCUCGGUCGUUCGUAGCGGCUUCAACCUCCACCUCCUGACGAAAGCCUGCUACCAGAUUCUGCCCAACAGGACCCUGACAAACGCCACGGUCUCCGAGGAUUUUUCGCUGAUGAGUGGCUGCGUGCAGAGCCACGACCACUGGUGUGCCACCUUCUCUGUCAACCAGACGGAGGUGAGGUGCUCUGUGUUUGCCCGGCCGGACAACCUUCUAGAGGGGAAGGAGAGCGUCUUUCUCCAGCUUCUGCCUGGGCUCCGCUAUGGAACUCUUGGUCAGCAGACUCUGCUCAACAUCACCAUCCUCGACAGGACAGAGCCUGCCCACAUAGGGCUGGUGAGCAAUGUCUUCCACAUUCACGAGAGGGAGGGGCUACAGAGGUUCCCGAUCAACCGCAGUGGCUCCAUCAACGGAGUCAACAAGAUCCUCUGCAAGCUGAAACCCAUCGAGGCCAUGACCCAGAUUACUGGUGAGGAGACGGCUGACUUUAUUGUUCCCCGGACACCCGAGACCGUCACUUUUCAGCCCUUCGACAGCACAGAAAACUGCUCUAUGUAUCUGAGAGACGAUGAUGUGUACGAAGGAGUGGAGACACUCAACCUGGAGUUGGACCUGAGCCCCCAGGACCCCCGUGUCCAAAUAGACCCCAACAGGAAGAAGGCCACCAUCUAUAUACACGACUCAGAGGAUGAGCCAAAGGUGUGGUUUGCAUCCACAAGCUACACGGUGCAAGAGCCCAUCUCCAACUUCGAGGUUGACCAACACUACGCCAUCCUCUCCCUCCGGCGCUCCGGCGAUACGUCUGGCCCCUCUGCUGUGGCCUACACCACCCUCGGAGGCUCGGCCGAACCAGAAGAACACUUCAUCCCCAUCAACGGCACAAGUCUGUUUGAACCCGGGGACAAGACGAAGAACAUCACCAUCCCAAUCCUGGCCAGCGAGGACUCCCUUGAGGUCAGCUUCACCGUCAGGCUCCUGAGUAAUGUGGCCACAUCCCCUGGCUCUGCCCCUGCACCAGCGCUGGUGUCGGAGCGAGACGAGGCCAUUGUUGUCGUUCUCAACACCCCAGUGGCUGGGGUUCUCUUCCCUGACAGACCUGUGGUGGUGUCUCUUCUACCGAACGGUAGCUUUGCCACUGAAUCCUCUCUCUAUUUCAACGCUCCUGUCGUCUGCAUUGAUCCGUGUGAUGAAGACUUUCUCACGGUGGACGAGGAGGCGUCAUCAUAUACCAUGUACUGCAGGAACCAACAGAUUGACUCCAGCCUCACAGAGUACACCUGGUUCAUCUCCUCCUCUCCUUCCUUGUCUUCAAACCGAGUCUUCGACUAUCAACCGGUGGAGCAGGCAACCGUCUUUACCUCCUUCGACGGGAAGGUCUUGGAGCCUGUUUACCUCAACCGGAGCACAUAUGUGAGGUGUUCGGCGCAGGCAAUCACGAGGCUGGGAACGCGCGGUGGAACGAGGCUCAGCGCGGGGGUCUACCUCUCGAGGUCUGUCCUGUCUCUCACUGAAGACACCUGUGAUUCCGUCUCCUCCUUCUUUGAGCUCCAUGAGAAUGAUGGUUUCACUGGACAUCCCGAGGAGCUGCUGAGGCUGACAGUGAUCUUGAAGCACCACGACAACUACAUCCCUCUCGUGUCGUCUCGGCCGUUUGACCUCUCCGACAGAGAGCUCUUCCUCUCCCUCCUCACCCGUCCCUUCAGCCGAGACCAGCAUUCCUGCUCCAGCCUCGUGGAGAGUGGUCAACAGAGAGCCAGCUUCCUCUCCUCCCUCCUCGCUUCCCCAGAGCUCCCUUCAACUAUGCCCAACUCCCGGAUCAGGGCGACCAAAUCGCAGCUUCUCUACCAGCAUUUCAAUGCCAGCAAGUGUCACUGGGAAUUUCAGGCCUGGCUCCCUCUCUCUCUGCUCACAGACUCGGCCGUGUGCAACGGACAGCUCUCAGAUGAAGACCAGACAUUGGCGCUGACUCUCCCUCUCUACUAUGCCUAUGUCCACCUCCAGCAAGACAGAGGAGUCUCCGUUCUACCUCUUGACUCCCCCCGCACUGACAUAGUCCGUGCUAGCUGGCAAUCAGGGCACCACCUCUCCAUUCCCUUUGACACCUAUCCACACACACCUAAUGGUGGCAUCGACAAUGCAAGCUCCACAUACAUCUAUCCAAUCACAGCGAGACUCGCUCGAGGUCGGCUCACUAUCACCUUCUACUCGGUGUCCAAUGCCACAAGUCCUGUUGUCCGUGUGGAGGUGAAAUCGAGUGGGACCACCCUACCCGGUCAGCUCCUCUAUUCCUCCGCCUCCUCCUCCUCCCUUUCCUCUCCGUCAGCAGCUGCUGCAGCCGUCCGCCAGGCGUGGAUGUUGUCGGGAGUCCCCCGAGAUGAGGUGGGGUCCCUUUCCUUGAGUCUCUGGCUCCACCAGUGUCCCAGUACCAGCAGUAGUGGCGGCAGUGUUGUUGGCUCCUGUGUCUCCCCCUCUCCCCUCUUGUUCUCCUGGUCCAUUGCCACCUCUGACUCACUGGAGCCACGCAUCGCCCCUCAGAUGGACGGAGCAGUGCGUUUGGCAGGUGGACUAAUAGAGGGUUCCAUCUGGCUGCGGCAGUAUUUCCGUCUGCGGGCAAACAACAGCGUCAGCCUUGACAGAGCCACGCUCUACAUGUGUGCAGAGUCCACUGACAACACGUCCUGCACCUAUUCUCAGAUCUGGGAAUUAGCUAACCAUGACAAGCAAGUGGUGGUGGCUGAAGGAUUUGACAUGGAGACGAUCGUAAAGAAUUCUACAGCAAUCCAGUUUACCAUCAGAAACAAGCCUUUGCAAGAGCUGGGUUUAACUGGACGCUUUCAACUUCACUUGAAGUGCAGCAUCCGAAACAGUUCAGAUCUAAACGCAGCCAGCCACCCAAUUCCACCACUAGUCCUCUCCUUCCAUCUUUCUGACCCGGAAGAACACCUCUCCAGUCAGAGCUCAUUUGGGGUCUCCCACGGGAUGGCUCUUCUGGCAUCGUCCAUCACCGUCUUCCUCACUGCCGCAAUACUGGUCGCUGUCGUGUUGGUCAUCGUGGUGGGUCUCCACUGGCGCUGGGUGAGACACAAAGAGCAGGCCAGGUCCAGGGCAGGGGAAGGCGGUGGUAGUGGUGCUGGCACCGAGCAAGGAGAGGGAGGAGGGAAUUGUGGGUCAGCCACAGACCAAAACUCUGCCUGUGCAGCUGUGGCCAGAAUCAGAAAGAGCUCCAGCACCACGUCCUUCCCGACGGCAGAGAAACUAAAGAUGAGUCCACAGCAGCAGCAGUCGGAGGUUCCAGACGACGCCAUGCAGGGUACCACCAGCCAGAUGACGGGGCAGAUUGACAGGCAUCCCGUUCUCUCCAAGAGCCUUCCAAACCUUUUCCUGGCCUCAACUAGAGAAGGAAAGCUGGGACGGAAGAGGCAGCUACGCAAGAACGUCCGAGUCCAAGCAAUCUACUCCCUUCAGGCAAGCCUCGACAAACGGCUUGGGAAGGGUAGAGCGAGGGUAGGAAGAGCCAGAGGCGAAGGUGGGAAAGAGACAGGGGAAACAGCAACGGUGAUGGGAGAGGUAGGGAAAGCUAAGAAGAGAGAGGGAGAGCAACAACAAGACGGCGAUGGUGGUUUCCAGGUGUAUGUGGUGAAGAAUAAGGCCUCUCCACCUGUCCUGGUGCGGGUGCAGCCUCUCACCGGGGAAGUGGAUGUCUCCAGACACUCAACAGCCAGUGACUUGAAAGCAGAAGACUCUGCACUUGCAACAGAGCUGUAGGCACUGUAUACGUACACUAGUUACUGUCAGUUCAUCCCGAGGUUUGAUGUGUUGUGUACGUAUAACGUAUUUUGUGUUUUUCUGGCCCUGUCAUUUGUGUGUAUGAUGUGCUUCACACAUGUGUACGUAGUGCACAUGUUGGAAUAUGCAUACACAUAUUUAAUCCCUCACUUUUGUUACAAAAAGCAUCACCAGAAGUCAUAUCAUAUCAACCGUCAAUCAUUUCUCAGUGACUUAUCUGUAAAACAUCAUGCAUUUUUAACUGCCUCUUACAAU